GCAAAGGAUACCCAGCGCAGGAACAGCAGCCGGAGGAAGAAGAAGAAGGAGGAGGAACGGGUGGUGGUGUUUGGUUUGAGCAAUGGAAGGGCUGAUCCCGUUCGUGAUCGACGCCAUCAGGAAGAGCCACGGGAGGGACAGCUACCGCCGCGCGUCGUCGGACGGCAGCUCCCACGGCGGCAGCGGCAGCAGGUGCCACCUCAUAGACUACCGGGAGCUGCCGGCCGGAGCGGCCGACGCCGACGCCAGCCGCCACCGUGGCCCGUGGUCGGAGUUUAUCGAGGCGCCGACCGACGUGCGUCGUCCGGAGGACCACGCCCGCACUUCUGCUUAGUUAAACAUAUAUAUGUACAACAAUUGGAUUGGUUUUCUUCAUUGUUUGCCGUAUAUAUGUAAGCUGGGGAUUUCGUGUGGUGAGCGGCUGAGCGCCAAAGGACGCGUUAACAUAGUGCAGUAUACUACAUUUGCCAUGUGUUAUUGCUUUUCAGUCAGCGAGUUCGAAUCAAGUGUGUAUGUAUGUAAGUAUGUUUGUCAAAAUAAAAUGAACCAACAACGGACUGGUGAUUCAGCGGUCAACCCGUGAUGUGCACGACUAAUUUCAUAAGCCAGAAAAUAGGCCGCUUCUGCAGCUCGCCCAUGCAACCUCUGCUCUCCCC